AUGUACAUCAACAGGUGGACCCAGCUCAUCAGCACUUUAGAUGCAGUACGUGCAGAUGAAACCAACAAAAUUUUAGCCCAAUCGGCGGCAAUAUUUGAAUUACUCGAAGAAAACAAAAGUACUAUUCAGCACCUCCUAUCAACGAUGAAUGCAGCGCCACGCAGUGAAACGAUAUUAACGCCAACAAUACCAGUGCUACAUUCGCGAUACACUCCACCAGUCAAAGAAUUCUCAGGUGACCUUAUCAAAUAG